AUGGCCGAAGUCGAACACAUUAUCAAUUCUAGGCCUUUGACCUAUGUCCCAGUCGAUACCGAGACUGAAGAGGCGUUAACACCAAAUCAUUUUCUUUUUGGCUCGUCUAAUGGAAUUAAACACUUCUGUGAAAUAGAUGACAGUGCUGGAGCUUUGAGGAAGAACUGGAUCGCAUGUGAAAAUUUCGGAAACCACUUCUGGAAACGAUGGGUAAAGGAGUACUUACCUUCGUUAACUAUGAGGUCCAAGUGGUUCGUCGAGACAAAACCUUUAGCGGUGGGGGAUAUAGUGAUUAUUGUAGAUGAAAAUAGUCCCAGAAAUACCUGGCCGAAAGGUAAAGUAGUAAAACCUUUACCAAGCUUAGAUGGCCAAGUACGGUCGGCUGUUAUUAAGACAAAAGAUGGUGUCUACACGCGCCCGGCCACCAAGUUAGCAGUUCUAGAAGUGGGUCAGCUGGGAAUUGGUAAUCCGAACGAGACGUCCGUCUUACCGGGGGGGAGUGUUGCCGCACCUGGCAAUGCCCCACGUUCAAUUCGAACUUAA